AUGAAUAUCACAUCAAGAGCACCAAAAUACUCAAAACUGCAACUUUUACUCAGACACCAAAACCCUCAACUUCAGAAAUCCUUUCUUCACUUAGCAACGGAAAAACCCUGCAUUGAUAAUAACCCGUCCAAACUAGACUCUUCAUCAUCCUCAUCACCCAAAUUAGCCCAAAUUGUCGACAUCCUCAAAUCCAACAACAAUGAAAAUUGGAAAACAAAUAAGCAGCUUUCUGGGCUUCUUUUCUCCGACUCUCAUUCUCUCUCCUGCAAUGACAUCCUUCAGAUUACUCGUCGUUUGGGUGAUUCCUCCACUGCCAUUAAUUUCGUCGAACACCUUCGUUGUAAUAAUUUCCCAGAUGCAAAUUCUCUUUCUUUUGCAUUUCAAGCUGUUUUUGAGCUUGUUAUUCGUCAACCUGAUUGGAAAAAGAAGCUCUUUGAUCUUUAUAACACUUUCAAAGAGUUGGGUGUUCCUUUAACUGUCAAUUCUGCAACCCUACUCAUCCGGUGGUGUGGGCAAGAAGGAAUGAUUGAGAAAUCAGUGAUGUUUUAUGAUGGUUUAAAUGCCCAAAUGAAGAAUACCCAUGUUCGGAAUGUAUUGAUUGGUGAACUUUUUAGAUGUGGGCGUUUUCAUGAUGCAUUCCAGGUGCUCGACGAAAUGCUGAAACCAAAUGCGAUUUUCCCGCCAGAUGUGAACACUUUUGGUAUUGUUUUCCCGGUGUUGUUGGAAGCUAAGAAGGGCGACAGAGAGAUGUCUGAAGAGAAAAUAUUGGAGCUCGUAUUGAACUUUGGUCGAUUCGGCUUGUUUCUUGAUUCUGUUAUGCUUACGAAAUGGAUUGUUGGGCUGUGUAGGAGUAGAAGGAGUGACAUGGCUUGGAAGAUGUUGCAUGGUUUCAUGGAGUUGGAUGGACCUGUUGAAGUUGCAUCAUGCAAUGCUUUGUUAACAGGUUUGGCAAAAGAUGGCCAAUUUAAGAAGAUGAAAUCUGUUAUGGAAGAGAUGCAGGUGAAAGGCAUAUGUCCUAAUGUUAUAACACUUGGGAUUAGUAUCAAUCAUCUUUGUAAGUCUUUGAGGAUUGAUGAAGCCUUGAAUUUGUUUGAAAAGAUGAGACAGGGAAAGAUAGGUGCUCCGGUUGAGCCGGAUGUAGUCAUUUAUAAUACUCUUAUUGAUGGGCUAUGUAAAGUUGGACGCGUAGAAGAAGGAUUAGCUUUGAUGAGAAAGAUGGUGUUAGAGGGUAAAUGCUCUCCAACAAGUGUAACUUAUAACUGUCUAAUUGAUGGAUUUUUGAAAGAUGGUGAGCUUGAGAGGUCUCUUGAACUUUAUGGUGAGAUGGAAAAGGAAGGAGUUCAACAAAAUGUCAUUACAGUGAAUACUUUGGUGGGUGGUAUGUGCAGACAUGGAAAUGUUGGCAGCGCCCUCAAGUUCUAUCGUGAAGUGCAAGAAAAAGGGUUGAAGGGAAACAAAGUAACUUAUACUAUGUUAUUAAGUGGUUUCUGUGGUGUGAAUAAUAUCAGUAAAGCGAUGGAGUUGUUUGAUGAAAUUAAGCAAACAUGUGCACCAGAUGCCAAGGUCUACUAUACCCUGAUCAAUGGUUUAUCCCAAGCUGGACUUAUGGAUGAUGUUGAGUCAGUUCUAUUGGAGAUGAGAAGUGCUGGAUUUCGCCCUGACAUUGGUUGCUACAAUGUGAUGAUUAAUGGAUUUUGCAAGAAGAAUAAGUUGGAUAAAGCUCAUUGGUUGAUGAAUGAAAUGGGGAAGGUUGGACUUAAACCUGAUGGUAUCACAUACAAUACUCUGAUUUCGUAUUUCAGCAAAUGUGGGAACCUUGAAACCGCUCAUAGACUACUUAAACAAAUGGUGGACAACAAAAUUUUUCCUACGGUUGUCACAUAUGGAGCACUAAUUCACGCGUGUUGUUCGGUAGGAAAAUUUGAUGAUGCCAUGAAAAUUUUCAGGCAAAUGAGAUCAUCCACCAGGAUUCCACCCAAUACUGUGAUAUACAAUAUCUUGAUAGAUUCUCUAUGCCAGAAGAAGAAGAUGGAGGUGGCUCUCUCUCUUUUUGAAGACAUGUUGAUCAAAGGUGUUAGCCCAAAUUCGAACACCUUCAAUGCUUUAUUCAAAUGCCUACGAGAUGAGAAUCACCUCGAAAAAGCUUUUGAGCUUAUGGAAAAGAUGACUGAACUGGCUUGUCAUCCUGACUAUAUAACCAUGGAGGUACUCACAGAGUGGCUCAGCUCAGUAGGUGAAGCUGACAGACUUAGACAGUUUGUCGAAGGAUACAAUUUGCCAAUGGAUACAGAUGGCUUAUAA